GGUAUGUGGGUAAUUGGCUACGGCUCGUUGAUCUUCAAACCUCCCCACCACUCAUUCCGGGUAAAUGGAUAUCUCAAGGGGUUUAUAAGACGUUUCUGGCAGAGUUCUUCUGACCAUCGUGGAACCCCAGAGGCUCCGGGCAGAGUAGUUACGCUAAUUUCUUUGGACGACUUGAAGUCCAACACAAAAUUUCACAACGAUCUCCACAUGUACGAAUUAAGAGCUACCCAUCAGGAGACUGAACUCAAACACAACCGAGAAUCUACUCCAGCCCAGAUAGUCGAUGAUUUGAAAGUGUGGGGUGUGGCAUACUAUGUUGAGCCACAAGAUGUAGCUGAAGUAAAAGAAUAUCUUGAUGUUCGUGAACAGGAUGGGUAUACCACCCACAAGGUGCCGUUUCAUAUUCUCAAUGUCGAGAAUGAAAACGACGUUUCUAAACGAAUCUUAGCACAACUUCCCAGAGACACUUCUUCUGGCGACUGCAUCAUCGAGCUGAUGAUCUACAUAGGCACUAUUGAUAAUGAGUCUUUCGUCGGUCCAGAAGCAAUAGAGGAUACUGCCAGUAAGAUAAGUGUGUCUAGUGGUCCUAGCGGUUUGAACUCGGAAUACUUGUUAGAGUUGACCAAUGCUGUAAGACAUCUAGAUAAACAAGACCGUUCCCGAGAUUACUACUUGGAGGACUUAGUGGAAUUGGUUCAACGU